CACACAGAGGGAGUGCGACAUAGCCGACGUACGAGUCUGUUUGAAUAUGAUCACAAGCGUAGUCGACUUGUCAUCUCUCAUAUGCUAGUCAUCGGCUGAAGUUUAUGUUACACAUCGAAGGAUAAACAUUAAAGUGACUAAUAUAUUACAAAAAUGAAGUGCCUUGUGUGGUUCAUCGCAAUUAUUGGAGUUUCUUUGGCAGCAGAUUCCUUGUUGCCAAAAGAUGUUGCCAAAAAGUCCACAACAUUAAAGCCGGAUACUACUACAAAGCCAACUGAACAACCAACAACUUCCUCAACUACCACUACGUCAACUACCACCACUCCACCUCCAACUACAACUGCCGCACCUGACACCACUACCACUGUUAAGCCAAAUCCAGGGCCUGAGGUUGGAAAUUGGACGUGGACCGAUAAUAAUACAAAUAAUACCUGUGUUAUCAUUCAGAUGGCUGCUCGAUUGAAUGUUACCUAUUUGGAUAAAAACAACAAAACAGCUUAUGCCUUGAUUAAUGUUCCAACUGAUGCAAAUACAAUUGCUGGUAGCUGUGUGGAUAUGAAGCAGUAUAUUGGAUUACAAUGGCCUAGCAAGAGCUUGAAUAAGUCUAACAGUCUGACUAUGACAUUCUUGCAAAACAAUGCUACCAAAUUUUAUACUCUAUCAAAUAUUUCCGCUGACUUAGCAGCUGAUGAACUUCCAGGCUAUGUUAUGGAUUCUCUAGAUUUAAAAUAUAAUGGAUCUGACAUCUAUGCUCCUUUGUCCAUGUCAUACCACUGCACACGUCAACAGAAGUUGAAUAUGACUGAACCACAAAACAACAAAUAUUUGAGCACAAUUGAACUUUCUCAUUUACAAUUUGAGGCAUUCCACAAAGAUAGUAGCAAGACGUUUAGUGAAGCCCGUGAUUGUGACUCAAUUGACACACCCGAUGUUGUGCCGAUUGCAGUCGGCUGUGCCUUGGCUGCUCUUGUUAUUAUUGUACUUGUCGCAUACUUGGUGGGCCGAAGAAGAAGUCAAUUCAGAGGCUAUCUCAGCAUGUGAAAUGUUAUUGGGGCGCCAGUUCGACUGUGAAUAUGAAAUAUAUGGGAUUGUUUAAAUACCUAACCCUUUUAUUCAAGAUAGAUUUUUUAUAUUCAAGUGUUAUGAUUUUGGUAUUGUUAAGGUAUUUUGUAGGAGAAUAUUCUUUUAAAAUUCAUAAGUAUAAGGCAAAUUAUUCUGAAAUAUUUCUUU